GCUUGAGCAUCAGAGUCGAGCUUCUUUCCCCUCCAUUCACCGUCCUUGUAAGAGAAGAAAAAUAUUCACAACCCUGCAACUUGUAUCUGACGCCUCGAAAUCUGCAACUCGAUACCGAUACUCCAUAUCAUAUAUCUCUCAUCAAAACCCAAGAAAAUGGCCGGAAAAUUCGAGCCCAAGGUCCCUGUCGAACUGGCUCCCCCCAAGGACGACCCUAUCACCCUUGAGGAAUUGGCAAAGGCCGAUGGUUCGGAUCCGAAUGGGAAGACAUACGUCGCGAUCAAAGGUAUUGUCUAUGACGUGACGGGCAACAAGGCCUACCAACCAGGAGGUUCCUACAACGUCUUCGCUGGAAAAGAUGCCUCCCGCGCUCUUGGUAUGACCUCAACAAAGGCUGAGGAUGUCAGCCCUGAGUGGCAGGACCUCCCUGAUAAGGAGAAAGGUGUUCUCAACGACUGGAUUACUUUCUUUUCGAAGCGUUACAAUGUUGUAGGUCGUGUUGCAGGAGCUACAAACACGGAGUAAAGGGCAGAAUGAAGGGAGGUCCGGUUCCGAAAUAACGGAGAGCAAGCGGAAGUGAUUAGGAACUAGAGCAGAAUGGGAUCUCAAAUAUUGCCUUCAUUUGCUCAUCUGAGUGUGAUACGCUGCCGGGAUGAAGUGUAGUCGUAACAUAUGUCGUGAGCUC